ACUGUACAUGAGCCCAAACGGAGCAAGAGAGUGAAAAAUUUUCGGCUAAUGGAAGCCGAAGAGCCCCGAACCAGAUAGAAUGAGCCGUUUUGAACGACGAAACGCAACGCUGCGACUAAAAUUCUCUCCCUCCCUUCUCUGCUCUGCAUUUUUAAACACCAACAAUUAGGGCACAAUCCUCUUCGCAGCACAUAGUCUGAGACGCGACUUACUCUGCCUCCACACAGCAAACAAAAUGGUUAACCCUGGAGACUACCUCCCGUCGGACGAAGAGAUCGAUAUCGAGAUGUUCGACUCUGACACAGAGCUCAGCAAAUCGCUGACGGCGCUGCGACAACAGGCCGCCAGCACACGGGCGGCAGCAAAGGAAGACUCUGACAGCGACUUUGAGACCACAAAACCAAAGCGCGGCGCACCAGCCUCUAAACGCGGCCGUGGGCGUGGGCGUGGACGCGGUGCUGGUACAGCAGCAGGUAGAACAAGAAACGCUGCGGAGGAGGAGGAUCCUGAUAAUCCAAAGCCAAAGCCCCGUCGCGGACGCCCGCCAAAGCCAAAGACCGACGAUGGCGAGUACGGAGCUCCUAAGAAACGCGCGGCAAAGGGCAAAGGGAAGGCAAGACAAACCACGCUUGACGAUAUUAAGGGUCCAGCAAAGCCGCUUGUUUUUGAUCCAGCAGAGAUUGCGGCGCUCAAGGAGCAGUACCCUGACCAGUACUGGACGCAAUUAACACACCCAGCCUCGACUGACGCGAGCGACCCGAUGGGCGGCCCCAUCGACUAUAUUGACGAGGAGCACCCGCUAGAGCUAAUACCAACCAACAUUGCAGAUCAGAUGGCUCUGACGGGAAUUGCGCUGUCGCCCGACGGCACACUACUGGCGACGCUGGGCAGCUCCGGACAGAUUCACAUAUGGGACACAGAAUCAUUCGAGUGCCUAGCUACGCUGCGUGACAAGUCGGAGCCCAACAUUGACGAGUUCUUUGUCGGCCAGUUUACUCCUACCGGCGAGUACCUGGUUGUUGGUGGCAAAUUGAAGGACCGCAAACGGUGGUCGGAGGCCGACGAGGACAACCACAUCCUGCCGUGCCCACUCAAGAUCUUCAACGUGCUGACGGGCGAGGUAGUGGCGAGACUCGAGGGACAUGCAGAAGAGAUCCUCAGCGUCAAGGGCGUUGUGUACAAGGGCGAGAACUACUUUGUGACCACCAGCCAGGACGGCUACAUCCGGCGCUGGCACAUGGACUCGUCGUGGAUUGUUCUGCUUGAGGAGUCGAAGGAGAUCACCGAUGGCGUUACCUGCAUGGCAUUUACUGUAUCGUUUGUCCCCAGCACUGGCAACCGCUUCUUCCUAGCGUCCACCGACGACCAUGUCACGCUCAUGGAUCUAGAGCGGUGCGUAAUUGUGCAGCGCUUUGACCCCAUAUACUCGUCGUACUGCGACUGCGGCAAGUUCAUUGAGCCUGUCGAGAAGCCACUAGUUGGCUCUAAAAAAUACAGCAUCAUCGAAAACGACGACGCGACAAAUGGCGCAACGACAUCGGAGGCGCCAGUCGAACUGCCUGCACCUAGCGGCCCCUACGCAUACUUUGUCACGCGUGGAGUUGAAUUGCUGGAUGCCGAGGACAACACGGUCUCCUCACGGCCCAACACAUGCACUUUGCACCGGCUGGUGUACCCGACCGAGCCCGAUGGCAAGUUUGAGCUGCAGGAGAUCCGGCGGUACUAUAAUGAAGACUACCUGUCGAACUCGUGGCUAAUUCGCAUUGCCAGCAACGGACGGUACCUGCUGGCGCCAACGCUCAACGGUCAGGUGUUUGCGUUCCACAUUGCCACUGGCAAGGUCACGGGUAUCCUGCGUGAUCACGAUACAAUUGAGGUGCGCGACUGCAAAUUCCAUCCAUCGCGCAAGCUCUUGUUUACGUGCAGCGACGAUGGCACGGUCAAGGUGUACAAGAGCGUCUACAGACCCAAGGGCGCGAUGAAGGCAGGCAAUGGCUGUGCUGAGGAUGUCGAGAUGGCUGAAGAGUCUGUAGCAGCGUCUACAGCUGUAACCAACACCCCAGUUGCUGAAGAGCUGAAGAACAGCAAUGAAGGCGACGACAGCGCCAUGGUGGAUGUGGUCAGCACAGAUUAGCUCUUCUAUUUAA